CCUUUCAGAAGGAAAUAAAACCCGCCUGUAUAAUAUCCGCUCAUCAAAUCUUUCACUACCUACCUACCUUACGGAUACACUCACUCACCCUACUUGAGCAUCCACUGCAGAUCACACCUCGCGCUGGUUGCUUCACCCUGGAAACGCAAUCCUGAGCCGACUAGAACCCAAGACGAAUCCUCCAGUGUUCUUUCAAUCAGCCUUUUGUGAGAGUGUGGCCAGAAAAAAGACCAGUAGCACGCACUUCCAUUGCUCCGUGGUCAAGCAUGGCUCACCUACAUGGAGAAGCGCGCAGCGCCGACGACAAGCAACCCAUUGACUUUCUCACCACUGCGGCUGCUUCGUCGGGCGCAGAUACUCCGGCUGGACCAUCCCAUCGAGACGAGGACGAGGAGCAGGAGGAAUACGAUGUCGAGACGGUCGAGAAGGUCUACCGAAAACUCGACCUUCGCAUCAUUCCAGCUUUCUGGACACUGUAUUUCCUCUGCUCUGCCAUCAGGUCCAAUAUCGGCAUCGCCCAAACCAUGAACGCGGCGCAAGGUCAUGACUUGAUGUCGGUUCUCGGUUUGUCGGCACGGGAUACUUCGACCGCGCUGGCUCUUUUCUACGUCGCCUAUGUCAUCUUCGACUGUCCCUCGAACCUGGUCAUGGCCAAGCUGAGCCCCCGAAUCUGGAUGGCUCGAAUCGUCAUCGCCACUGGCAUCAUUGGCACCUGCUUCGCUGCCGUACAGAGUGCCUGGAGUGUCAAGUUGCUUCGGUUCUUGCUGGGCGUUGUCAUUGCAGGCAUGUGGCCGGGAAUGUCCUACUAUCUGACCCUGUUCUACCCGCCUUCUCGGACCGGCAAGAGAAUCGGCAUGUACUUUACAGCUGCCCAGCUUUCGGCUGCCGUCGUGGGUCUCGUAUCUGCCGGCUUCCAGCUCAUGGAUGGCCUUGGAGGUCUGGUUGGUUUCCGCUGGAUGUUCCUCAUUUACGGACUCGUCGCCAUCGUGCUUGGUUUCUGCCUGCUCUGGUGGCUUCCCGACCGCCCCCUUCCUCCUGGGCAGAAGCGUCAAAGGUCGGCCUGGCUGAAGUGGCUUCCACCCACCCCGGAAGCGCUUUCGGGCCAGGACGCCGUCAUUCACUACCAUGACCUCCGUCGGGUCUAUCAUCCGAGACCCUGGACCCUUAGGGACCUCGUCAGAGUCCUGAUCGACUGGCGUCUCUGGCCUUUGACUUUCAUGUACUUCGGAGUUGUCGGCGUCGGCAUUGGCACUCAGCUUUACGGCUCCGUCAUCAUUCGUUCCAUUGUGCCCACGGCAUCCAGCAUCCAAGUCAGCUUGCUCUUCGCUCCCAUCUGGAUCAUGGAUCUGAUCGCCAUUCUGCUGGUGAUGCCACUUUCGGACCGCUUCCACGGUCAUCGGCCAUUCAUCUUCUCGGCCGCCGUGUGCCUUCAGAUCACCGGACUGCUUGUCGUCACUUUCGCCCUCGACAACGGAUGGGCUCGGUACGGCGGGCUUCUGAUGGUUGGCUUUGGCCUGGGCCCAACAGUCCCCAACUGCAUGACUUGGACAAACGAGAUUUUCCAACGCCGUCACGGCGAGGUCGGAGUGGCGGCUGCUACUGCCCUGGUGUCCGGCCUCGGAAACCUGGGAAGUAUCGUCACUACCUACGCGCUUUACACGGGAUGGCCGGAGGACGCUGCCAAGGGCCGUUACCAGUACCGUCGCAGCAACUACGCAAUGAUUGGCAUCCUUUGUCUAAGCAUCCUCAGCAGUUUUGCCAUGUUCUUCCUGUUGAAGAUUUUCGGCAACAAGCCCGCGGCCAAGAUGUCGAACCACGACUCCUCGAGCGAAAUCGAGGACGGUGCCGCGAGGCGUGAGGCCCGGGAACGAGGCUUCGGCAAGUUGUUCCCCCGUAACAACCAACGCCAGGAAGCCUGAAUGACUUCCGUCUCGACGCCGGGCCGACCAAUGAUCGAAGUAAUUUCUGCUUCGAAGGAUUCAACAACCGCCAAUGGCCUCCCCCAGAUCCACAACGGGUACGACGUCUUGCCUCCUUGAAGCGGCUCAACCUGCGAAAUUCUCUUCUUUAUGCCAUUGCAUGGCAACUUUAAUUCGACAACUUGACUUAAUCACACAACACACACUACGGAUACAGAUUACCCAUCCGACGUUUGGAUAUGCGUUUCAUCCGAGGAAAGGCCUGAAUCCACGCCGCCGCAGGGCGAUGAGCGGCGGAAAGACGAGGCCCGAUUCCUCGACGGCGACAGUGCUUUUACGCCAUCGUCGGGAAAGGCUGUAUUGAACUGGAGACGGUGACCGGCGACAAUGCUCUUGCGCUAUCGCAUUUCGGACCGCCUCGUGGGAACCAAAAAAAAGGGAGGACGUUUUGGAAACAAACGAGAGCAAGAGGAGGACAGAGGAUGAAGGGAGUUUUGCGUUUCUGUUUUGCAUUUUGAUGAUACCCCAUACGUGUUUAGAUACGCUUGUCUUUCGAGUUAUUCGCCACUCGACCGCGAAAGUGCUGCUACGCCAUCGCCGGGACUGCGUGUUGAACCGAGACAAUGACGGCGACAAUGCCCCUGCGCUAUCGUCUGGCUUGUCUCGUGGGCGCGCUUUGCGAAUUCGACUUGUUUUGUUUUGAUAUACGAUAUCGUUAUCGCCUCACUACCGGCUUUCCAGCUUGGCUGACUGCAUGCAGAGGAGGAGAGGGAGGAACGACUAGUCAGUCUUUUCAUAGUACAUAAAUUGAGUCUUCUUUCCCCUCGUCCGGCUUCCGUUUAUAAUCGCCGAAGGAAGCAAGGUGAAUCCCAGUCCCCGGCAAAAGACCUCGAGUCCACCCUCCCCGCUGGUGAGACAAGAACUCCACGAGGCUCGCAUGCGCUUCGGAGGGCGUGUGACUGGUCGUCACGAAACACCACAUGGCGCAUGUCAACCGCCUAGCACGUUGCAAAAGGCGAGCCUUGGGACAUGAAUACGAGGCUCAAGUAGAUGAACGGGAACAUUGGGAGGACGAGAACGAACACUCGGGAAGACCGCUAGGAAAAGGCAAAAUAGACGAGAACACGCACGCCACAGUGAUUCUGGUCGACAGACACCUAUCCAUCCAUUCGUCCAUACAUUCACAGUUGACGCAUGCCCCUCCAGCCAAGUAGCUUCAGGGCCAUGAUGACAGGACACGAUUUUAACACGCGUGUCCUACGAUAAGAAAACACGGUUACGCAAGGCACAGCCAUCAUCUGCAACGAAUAUUCCAAGAGGGUUCCGUCACCUGGUGCACUGCUCCUCCUCGGCGUGAUGUCGGCCGUCCGCAUGAUCGUGCUUAUCGGAGACGCGAUUUUGUCGGCCGCCUCCCCCUUUCCACUAGACGCCGGGCCGAGCGUUCUCUUCUUCUUCCUCUACCACCUCCAUUUCUUGUCCUCGUCUCGUGUCCGCUUCGGAACCUGUUUCUUGCAGGUUUUCUGCUUCACGCAGUGUUCCGGUUACGCGAUCGAUUGGAGAGGGCUCACGCGCCUCCUCCCCCCUGCGUCGUUAAAUGUUGCGUUGGAAAGAGGGCUUGAAGAAGGCAAAAAAAUGAUACCUCGAGAACCAUGGAUGGUCUUGAGGCUGAUCCGAAAGUGAUGCUGGGUGUCUCGUUUUGUCACUUUUCGUCCGCCCAGCGUCAGCCCACGAAAACGGCGGGCGUCGCUAAGCCCGACCAACAGGCAGGGGGCUGAAAGCCUCGCCCAUCGGUUGAUCGGAAUAGCACUUUUGGAUCCGUACGUACGGCCGUUGUGCGCUGGGCUUUUCGGGCUCUUUUCUCUCUGGCAUUUUCUUUGGGGGGGGUGGGUUCGAUAGAAGAAUCGUUGGUUGUCUACCAGUUUCGGGACUUCUCUCAA